CAAUUACUAGUCCUUUGUUUUUACCUUCCCAACAAAAACGGUUACUGAAUGGGAAAGUCCAUCCUAAUUUAGCAAUGUCAAUUGAAGACGUUGCAAACUUUAUUAAAAUUAACUACAUAAAUGAUAAUUUAAACUCUGUUACUACCCCGGCCGGACCGAUCAUUCUAUCAGAUACCGAAAAUAAAUCACCUGGUAAAAGAGAAAAAUUGAAAAAAUUAUCGAGCUCAAAAUAUAAUACUAGUCAAUCAUUCAAUGCUUUCCCCCUUAUUGAUAAAUUUUCCGAAGAUCAUUUGGAUGACUUUAAAAUUAGAGAAAUAUCCCAAGAUUUACUUACAUUUUUUUAUAGAUGCAUGAUCAUGUUCCAAAAAGAUUAUCAAGCUCAAGCCAGACAACAAGCACCAAGGAAAACAAGCACCAUAACUAACUAUAGUAGUAUAGAUGAGUACAGAAUUCCUCAAUUUGAACAAAUCGAAUCACUAGAAAAAGAUUGGGAAAUUAUUAGCCAACAGUGGUCUUACUUCAAUAAUACCAUCCGUUUUAAUAUCCUUAAUAUGUUCUAUCCACUCCAAAGCUAUAUUUACAAUGUCUCAAUCCAAAGAUAUAACACCGAUCCUCAAAACUCCUUUGAUAUCGAAAUUGAAAAUAUCUUACUCCUUGCAUUCAGAGACGUUAUCAUUUUACCAGUGCUAAUGGCCCGGAAAAAGAUCUACGAGGACUUUAAACACCAACAAUUAUCACAGCAACAGGCUCCAACAUCUACCUCGUCUUCUAUCCAGCACCAAAAUUCCAUCAUAGAAGAUGAACAAUAUGCACAGAAAGUGAACUACCCUAAUGGUCUCCCAAUGCAAUCGUCGGCGUCUUCAAUAUCCUUCUCUCCCUACGAUUCCUCCCACCAUAAGUUGCGAGCCACUCCUUCAAGCAACAGACAACAUGCCUCCAGCUAUACGAGCCGAGACUUGGACAGACUCAAAACGAAGGAGAAGAAAAUCUUCCAGAAAGACGAUGGCCGAUUAUCUAGAAAUAUAAUCAACUGUUUUGGGGUCAUUGUGUGUCAUUCUUACGGCGAAUCUGGUAAUACAGACGGAGAACAACACAUCCGUGACUCGAUCUUCAACGACGCCUUCACCUGGAUCACCAACAUAUAGCACUAUACCUCUAUUUUGUACAUAGAAUAUAUGUAUUGAGUCUCA